GAUAAGCCUUUACAAAGUAUUCCCGCCAAAUGCAGUCUCGCUAAACUUCAUAGUGUGGUUAUUGACAGUAGAUCUGUAUUACAAUAACUGUAUUACAAUAGCUAACAAAAGUCGACUGGUACCAGUUAUAGCGUUUUGUCUUGUGAUAUUAUAAAAGCAAGAUUGGCGAAAGUAUAUUAUAUUAUAAAUAAUAACAAUGAGUGAACAAAACAGCUCCCCUGUACGUUCUGAACGAAAUGCAGAGGCAAUGACCUCACCUGCACCUGAUAUAGAUGAACCAUUCGAAGAUGAAUCUGAUUUACUUGGUGAAGAAAAUGAAGGCAAUAUUGUGGAAGAAGAGGAAGAAGGAGAAGAAUUAUUUGGAGAUAAUAUGGAAGCUGAUUAUCGGCCUAUGUCAGCAUUGGACAGAUAUGAUCCCAAUCUCCUUGAUGAAGAAGAAUAUUCAGACAUAUCUCAGGGAGAACGUAUAGCUGCUGAAACUGAAAUGCGAAAAAGAGAUCGUGCAGCAGGCAUCAUAAGAGAUGAUCGCGAUUUGCUUUAUGAUGAAACUGAUGAAGAAGAAGUACAGGCACGCAAGCGACGUAUGGCUGAAAAGGCUGCUACGGGUGUAUUAGAAGAUGCUGAAAUGAUCGAAUCCAUUGAAAACUUAGAGGAUACAAAAGGGCAUUCGGUAAAAGAAUGGGUCAUGAUGUUAGGACCACGAACGGAAAUUUCGAAUCGUUUCAAGAGUUUUCUUCGCACCCAUACAAACUCGAAGGGACAGUACAUGUAUAAAGAACGUAUUCGCCACAUGUGCGAAAGUAAUCAGGCGAGUUUCGUAGUGGAAUUUCCCAUUCUCGCCAGUAAGGAACAUGUUUUGGCCUAUUUCUUACCAGAGGCGCCAUUUCAAAUGCUUGAGAUAUUUGAUGAAGUGGCGAAAGAACUGGUACUAACGAUUUUUCCUAGUUACGAAAGAGUCACGUCGGAAAUUCACGUGAGAAUAUCGGAGUUGCCGUUGAUAGAGGAGUUACGCACGUUCAGGAAACUCCAUUUGAAUCAAUUGGUCCGCACUCUUGGAGUCGUCACGGCUACAACGGGAGUUUUGCCGCAAUUAUCAGUGGUGAAAUAUGAUUGUACAAAGUGCGGUUAUAUCCUCGGACCUUUCGUUCAAUCCCAGAACACGGAAGUCAAGCCAGGCUCGUGUCCCGAGUGUCAGAGCAUUGGUCCGUUCAUGGUCAAUAUGGAAAAAACGAUAUACAGGAACUACCAGAAGAUUACAAUACAGGAGUCUCCAGGUAGAAUACCAGCUGGUAGAAUACCUCGCAGUAAGGACUGUAUUCUAUUAUCCGAUCUCUGCGAUCGUUGCAAACCAGGAGAUGAAAUAGACGUUACCGCUAUUUACACCAAUAAUUACGAUGGUUCUUUAAACACCGAACAAGGCUUCCCAGUAUUUUCCACAGUAUUAUUAGCUAACCACUUAUUCGUCAAAGAUUCGAAGGAGAUCGUGGAUUCGCUAACAGAAGAAGAUAUCUCGAAUAUACUCGCUUUGAGCAAGGAUCAACGCAUUGCCGAUCGCAUUGUUGCGAGUGUCGCACCUUCAAUUUACGGCCAUGAGAAUAUCAAGAGAGCCUUGGCGUUAUCGAUAUUUGGCGGCGAGCCGAAAAAUCCUGGUAACAAGCAUAAGGUUCGAGGCGACAUAAAUGUCUUGCUAUGCGGCGACCCCGGCACUGCCAAGUCGCAGUUUUUGAAAUAUGUGGAGAAGGUAGCACCCAGGGUAGUGUUUACCACCGGUCAGGGGGCCUCGGCCGUCGGUCUGACCGCUUACGUGAGGAGAUCGCCUACCACCAGAGAGUGGACUAUAGAAGCUGGAGCUUUAGUCCUUGCCGACCAUGGAAUAUGUCUCAUUGAUGAGUUCGACAAAAUGAACGAUCAAGACAGAACGUCCAUCCAUGAAGCUAUGGAGCAGCAGAGUAUUUCUAUUUCCAAGGCCGGUAUCGUCACAUCUCUCCACGCCAGAUGCGCAGUGAUAGCGGCGUCUAAUCCUAUCGGCGGUCGAUACGACCCUAGCAUGACCUUUUCAGAAAAUGUGGACCUAUCGGAACCGAUUCUUUCGCGAUUUGACGCGCUAUGCAUAGUCAAGGACGAGAUCGAUCCUAUGCAGGACCGUCAUCUGGCCAAAUUCGUUGUCAAUUCGCACAUCAAGCAUCAUCCCACGAGCACAGAAAGAACACAAGCCAUAGAGUUGGAUCCCGUUAUACAGAGUUUAUCCAUUCCGCAAGAUCUUCUCAAAAAGUAUAUCGUUUACGCCAAACAGAAUGUACAUCCCAAGCUGACCAACAUUGAUCAGGACAAAGUAGCGAAAUUGUACAGUCAACUGAGACAAGAGAGCUUGGCGACUGGGAGUUUGCCAAUCACCGUUCGCCAUAUAGAAAGCAUUAUUCGUAUGGCAGAAGCUAGCGCGAAGAUGCAUUUAAGAGAUCACGUACAGGAAAGCGACAUGAAUCUCGCCAUCAGAAUGGCCCUCGAUAGUUUUGUCGAUACACAAAAAUAUUCUGUAAUGAAAUCUAUGCGCCAGACGUUCCAGAAGUAUCUGUCAUACAAGAAAGAUCACAGCGAACUCCUGUAUUACAUACUACGACAAAUCACUUUGGACACUUUGGCGUUUCAAAAGGCUUUGCACGGCGGACGUAUCGCAACUAUUGAAAUUUCAGAAAAAGAUCUAUUAGAGCGGGCUAAGCAGAUCGACAUACACAAUCUACAUCCAUUUUACGAAAGUGACAUAUUCAAGACAAACAAUUUCACUUUCGAACCAAGAAGAAAAGUGAUAGUACAGACUCUGCCCGAAGAUAUUGAAGAUUGAUCCGAGAAAAGUGACAUUAUAUUUUUGCAUAUGUAUUUAAAUUGUGUAACAAAAUAGUAUAAUUUUUUAUAUCCUCCAAUGUAAAAUUUUUAUAUCGUUAAUUGUCUGACAAAAGCCUAAUUAACACACUGUAUACCAAUCUUAUUAUUAUACAAUUAUAACAAAUUAAGGAUCGAGAAAUUUAGGAACAGAAAUACAUAGAGAAACAACCCACACACCAUGCAUGUCUCGAAGACGUCUUAAAGAAGUUCAAAAGACACCUAAAAAAAGUAGGGCAUCUUUUGAACGAGUCUCCCACCACGUUGUGUGGGAAAGUGUUUACAAAAUGACUAGGAGAAUCGAUUUCUAUAAAAAUAUAUUUAGACUCAUGUAAUUGUGCACAUAUCAGAACUAAACAUCGCUUUUAUGUUUAAAAGAUCUUUUAAACUUAACAUUUUUGUUUAUCUUAGCGAGUACUGCAUACUCCUAAAUUUUUUGAUCCUUUGAUGACAUCCUUUGAUCCUUCUAUAUUAUUGUUACAUGUGAAACCCUCGUUAAAUAUAUUCUUAAGAAAGCAAUUA